CAGUAGCGUGCUGCACUUCCAAGGAGACGCUGGCGUAUGACGUCAUCCGCCCCGGUCCAGGAGUUUGCGCCGUCUCGCCGACUCCAGCUAAGUCGAGAUGCACGUGUGCUGGUGGCGGCUGAUCGUGGCGAUGGUGGCUCUGCCGUUGGUGGCGGGUGUGGUGAUCAUCCUGAUGUGCUUCGUCUGCUGCCCGCUGCUGUGGAAGGAGAUACCCAAUACGGAGCAGAGCGACUACUACCGCACACCGCUCUAUGUGGUGGGAGUGCUGGCGCUCUGGGUGCUCUUCGCCAUCGGCAUCUUCUUCCUCUGGUGGCGCCGGAAGCCCAAAGUGAUCGUUGGCGAUUCCACCGAAGUGAUCAUCGACGAGCCCACCAAAGUGACCGUCGACGAGCCCACCAAAGUGAUCGUCGACGAGCCCACCAAAGUGAUCGUCGACGAGCCCACCAAAGUGAUCGUCGACGAGCCCACGGUGCUCCCCGCCUCCGAGGCGUGACAGCCCGUCCACUUGCCGAUACCUCCAAACGCGACGUAUGGCUGUGACAUCAGUGGGGCCACUUUGUCACGUUGAGGUGUACCAUUGGGAUGUACAUCUCUCCUGAGUAUCAGCGGACUUUAUACUGACGACCAAGCAUUAUAGGGACCAAAUCUCCACAUUACUUUGCCAGUUUUCAGCUGACACACAGGUGUUUGUACCUGGGGCUCCAGUUGUGAUUCGUGCUGUAUGAAAUUUUUUUGUCGAUGCGGAGAUUCUCUUCCUACAGUGGAAAGAGCGCAAAAACAUUACAGGGGGGGGGGGGGAGGUAUUUACUCAGUUGUAUGGCAACCCAUAUUGCAUAUUGCACACUAAUAUGAAGAAAAUACCGUCUAACCGUCUAAGAUGGGAAAUAAAGACAUGCCACAAAGGAAUUAUCCGAAUGGAACGUAAAUCUGUAGAAGUGAUGUACAUAUGCAUACACACUAAUGAUUGUAUUUACCACAAAAUUAUAUGAUUUAUUCACGAGAAAGUGCUUCACAAACUGAACAAGUCAACACCUCGUUAGUCCAGCUUUGGCCUGCAUGGAAGCAGUGAUAGGAUUUACCUCGGGUGAAUAUCAUGCCAGAUUCCGUCCAAUUGGGGCGUUUGGUCGUCAAAUCCUUAGAUGGUUUGAAUUCCUUGCCCAAAAUACUGCAUUUGGAGAGAUCCAGUGACGUUGCUGGUCAAUGUAGGGUUUGGCCAGCACGAAGAGAAGCACUAGAGAACAGUUUUUGAUGUUGCCGAGCAACAGUAAAGGAACACACCGCCAUUUGACUCUUUUAUGGUUUAUUUAAGUACAAUCCAGGAUUCGGCCUCAUGUGCCAUUUUCAAGCCUAAAGUUGGCCAACUGAGUUUGUGAACAGUUGAGGGUCAUGAAACAUAUGUUAAAGAAAUAAAACAUUCAAAUAAUGGUUUGUUUUUGUAAUGGGGGUGGAAUGUCAAAUGGGCCGACUUGGAGCAGGAGAGGACAUUUUAUUUUCCACUGUCUAUACUUUUACAAAGAAAUUCAUAAAACUUUGCCAGCAUGACCAGAAAGGAUUCAAGAUUUACACUAAUAGCAGUGAAAGUUCAAAAACUGUAAUAAAAUAAUUUUUUGUCCAUGUAAAAUUUCAUCAUUUUUUUCACUUGCUAUUGGCACCAUUUGUUGCUAUAGGUACACUUUUCUUCAUAAGUAAGAGAGAUUCUUCGAUGAUUUUUGCACAGUAUAGAAAUCAUUCUUCCAGGUGUUUAAAACUGUAGAAUUUAUUUAAAUUAUGAAAAAAUUUAAACUUCAUGUUGAGAAAAAAUCAAUUUUUACCACAGUUUUUAAUAGAUUUGGAAAAUUCUAGAGUUUCAUACACCUGUAAGUAUGGUUCGAAAUCUUUGCAAAGUUCAUUGAAGUAUCUCUCUUACUUAUCAAGAAAAGUGUACCUAUAGCAACAAAUAGUGAGUGAAAAACUGAUGAAAAUUCACUUGUAACAGAAAAUUAUUUUGUUAUGUGUAUGAACUUCCACUGCUAUGACUGUGAAUCCUGAAUCCUUCCUGCUCAUGCUGACAAAGCUUUAUGAAUUUAUUUGUAAAAGUAUAGACAGUGGAAAUUAAAAUGUCCUGUGGUCCCUCUCCUGCACCAAGUCGGACCGUUUGAUGUCCUACCCCCUCCUUAAGAAAAGCAGUAGAAACUCUUGUCAUGUGCGGGUGAGCAUUAUCUUGCUGAAACGUAAGCCCAGGAUGCGUUGCCAUGACAGGCAACAAAAUGGGGCACUGAUUAUCGUCGACUUAGCCCUGUGCUGUAACGGUGCCGUGUACGAAGGCCAAAGAGGCCGUGCUAUGAAAUGAAGUGGCACCUCAGACCACCUGUCCUGGUUGUCAGGGUGUAUGAUGCGCGACAGACAGGUUAAUAUCUCACCGCUGUCAGGCGCGACUCCAGACACGUCUUCGGCCUGGAAUCUCAUUGUCUGGAACAGAAUUGUCUUCAGUGAUGAGUUACGCUUUGAACUGAUCCCAUACGACAAGCGAAGACUCCGCAGACAGGGGUCGGAAGUCAAUGUGACUGUCUCUAACCAUACAGCCUGACAACCAAUUGUAUUGUUUCUUUUCACAGCAGGGCCUACUUGGUUGUCAUUCACGGCACCCUUACAGCACCCUUACGCCAAGUUUUUGUUGUCCUUCACAGCAAGACAUCUUGGGCUUACACUUCAGCAAGAUAAUGGCCGCCCGCACAUGAUUGUCUUCGUUCUUGCCAAACCCUACCUUGCCCAGCAAGGCAGCCGGAUCUCUUCCCAACUGAGAAGGUUUGGAGUUUCCAACCUGCUUGGGAUUCUGACGAUGUAACACACCAAUUGGACACUACUUGGCACGAUUUCUCUCAAGAGGACAUCCAGAAACUCAAUCGAUCCAUCCGAAGCCGAAUAACUACGUGAAUAAGGGUUAGAGGUCGAUCAACACACUGUUGACUUCCUCAAUUUGUUGAGCUCUUCCUCCUGAAUAAAUCAUCAAAUGUUUCUGAAAUUGUAACCUUUGUCUGUUUGCCUGUACGCGCGCAUCACAUCUACCGUGUCCCGACUCAUUCGGAUUUUGUCUUAGAGUGUAAAUUCUAAUACAGACAUUUAUAAUUUUCGAGUAGUGCAGCUUGACGGAAACCUAUGGCUUGCAUGUAGUGGCAUUAGAGUUUUUGUUUUACAGUUUCAUUAAAUACAGAUUGACAAAUAACUGCACAAUGCAAGUGAAACACAGAAAUGUUUCUCAAUCCAAUCCCACAAUGGUCACAGAGACAAAGAUGAUGGCCAUUGUAUUUUGAAGUCUGGUACGAGACUAUGAAUUUCUCUCACUGACGUUCAGUGGCAGGCAGUCAGAAGUGAUUUUUACUUUCAGCAACACUGGAAUUAAACUAGUUUGUUCAUCAUUCUCAGUAAGUUACAAAUAACAUUUUCAAAAAUCACUGUACACAUCCCACUACAGCGUUCAAUAAAAUGUUUAAAACAAG